CAAGGCAAGAGAAGUUCCGCUUCAGAUCGAAGCUGAGGAAUUCUCAAUGGCUUUAUCUCAUAGUUUAAGCUUUCCAACAAGAACAACAACUACUUGCAUUUCUCCCAAAACCCAAUUCGCUUUCCUCAUCAAAUCUAAACGUCUUGUUCCAAAACAACACAGAACAGCUUCCUUCUCACUCCGCGCCAUGGGUGCUUCUUCUAGUUCUUCCUCCCGGAAAUCAGACAACGUUCAAGAGGCGGGGAGGGUUGAUUACGCUUCUUUAAGUGAUGAUGAAUGGAAAAAGCGGCUCACGCAGGAGCAGUUUUACAUAACGCGACAGAAAGGGACUGAGAGGGCUUUUUCUGGGGAAUAUUGGAACACCAAAACCCCUGGAACUUACCAUUGCAUAUGUUGUGAUACACCUCUAUUUGAAUCAUCAACCAAAUUUGAUAGUGGUACUGGAUGGCCAUCAUAUUACCAGCCAGUAGGAAACAAUGUGAAGGCAAAGUUAGAUCUAUCAAUUAUUUUUAUGCCUCGCCAGGAAGUUCUCUGUGCUGCCUGUGAUGCUCAUCUUGGCCAUGUAUUUGAUGAUGGCCCACCUCCCACUGGAAAGCGCUAUUGUAUCAAUAGUGCUGUGCUAAAACUGAAACCAAAGUAGGAAACACUAAAAGCAUGAACACCAGAAAGAUUCCAGCUUGUGUCCUGGUCUACAGAUGUAUUUGUAGAUAUUGCUCAAAAGGAAUGUGUGUGUGUGCUGUAGCUUGUAUAAAUGAUGGCAUCAGUAUUAAUCCAGUUAAUAUGCAGCUGUAUACAAAAGAAUUCUGAUAGACUAAUUACGGAGUGUUUAUUAAUUUAUGCGCUAUUCUAUCGAAUUGUUUCCCGGAGAAACAACUCAAUGAGAAAUUUCCAUUUUUUUGCUGACACUA